AGGACACAAAACCCACAAAUUUUUUUCAGCACUCUUCUAAGAGGAAUUUUAAACUAGUUUCCAUGGAGUAAAGUCUUCCAAAAGUUUCGACGUGUUUUUGUAGAAACAAGGACCGUGCAUUCCCGAAGAGGUGGAUAUUUAAAAGAACGGCACGGAGAUCGUUCUAUAUAACUUUGCAAACUGAGUUUAACCAGCAUUUGCAACUAUGGCGCUAAGAGCGAGAGCAUUAUAUGACUUCAUCUCUGAAAAUCCCGGCGAGAUCUCUGUGACAGAAAACGAACUUCUAACGUUGUGUAAUGAAGAGGUUGUCGAUGGUUGGUUGGAGGGUACAAACAGCAGAGGUGAGACCGGACUCUUCCCUGCAUCAUACGUGGAGAUUAUAAAGACUGACCCACCCGUACACGGCAACGGGACAUCCGCUAGUCCUGAAUAUUACUACCAAACUAGUCCUCAGAGGAGGGACACCUCGAACGAGUCGACACCCACUCAUUCCGCUACUUACCUGGGACUUCUUCAACAACAGCGACACAGUUUACAGACGAGCCAAGGAAGCGACGAGGAUUGGGACGACGACUGGGAUGACAAUUUAACGGCGGAGGAACAAGGCGGGAAACCUGAAAAAAGUGGGAACCCUCAAGCGGGUUAUUCCUCAGGUUCCACAGCAGCCCGACGCAGUAGUUCGCAACUGUCUAAAAGCACACCGACUGUUGGCAAAAAUAUCAACAGGUUUACAACCUUUGUUAGGUCAGGAGGUGAAGCUUUCGUUUUAGGUGAAGCGUCGGGUUUGGUCAGAGAUGGAGACAAAAUAUUUGUGGAUAUGGGCCAGUAUGGUCUAGAAUGGCAGGAGAACCCGUAUCCAUUUACUUGCACUGUCGACGACCCCACAAAACAGACCAAAUUCAAAGGCAUGAAGAGCUAUAUGUCCUAUGGACUUACGCCCAGUCACACGCAGAUCCAAGUGAACAGAAGAUACAAGCACUUUGACUGGCUUUACGCGCGGCUUGUUGAAAAGUUUCCAGUUAUUUCAGUGCCUCAUUUGCCUGAAAAGCAGGCCACAGGACGAUUCGAGGAGGACUUCAUUUCCAAGCGAAGGAAAGGUUUAAUAUGGUGGAUGAAUCACAUGACGAGUCAUCCAGUUUUAUCCAAGUGUGAUGUUUUCCAACAUUUCCUUACCUGCAGCAGCAAUGACGAAAAAGCCUGGAAGCAAGGCAAGAGGAAGGCCGAGAAGAAGGACAACCUAGUUGGCGCCAAUUUCUUCCUCACUAUCUGUCCUCCAGCUUUACCUCUUGACUUACAAGAGGUUGAGAGCAAAGUAGAUGCUUUCAAAACUUUCACCAAAAAGAUGGACGAAAACCUCCUACAGGUCAAUGUCACCAUUAAUGAAUUUGCCCGAAAGCAGAUCACAGGUUUUAAGAAGGAAUAUCAGAGAGUUGGACUGGCUUUCAGACUUAUGAGUCAGGCUUUCGAAUGCGACCAGCAAGAAUACUCAACUCCAUUAAACAAGGCCAUGGCGUACACUGGAGAAAUCUAUGAGACCAUUGGGGAUUACUAUGCUGAACAGCCCCGUCAGGAUCUGGAGCCAAUUUCCGAUCUUUUAGCAAUUUACCAAGGACACCUUGCAAACUUUCCAGACAUUAUCCAUGUAGAGAAAGGAGCCCUUACUAAGGCAAAGGAGAGCCAGAAAGAUGGCACGGCAGGCGGAGGUAUCCACGAACGCUGCAACAUCAUCUCCUGCGCUACGCUAGCCGAGAUCCAGCACUUUCAUCACAUACGAGUGCGUGACUUCAAGGCACAGAUGCAACAUUUCUUACAGCAGCAGAUCAGCUUCUUUCAAAAAAUCACAGGCAAGUUGGAGGAAGCCCGGGACAUGUAUGAUCAGGCUUAGAAAGAUCAAUGCCUGCACCUCUGCAGCCUUUCUAGAUAACUUUUAUACAGAACUGAAAUAAAAUGAAAGUGAUAGUUGACCCAAAAAUGUAAACUUUGUCAUCAUUUACUUACCAUAUUGACUUUAUAUUGUGUGGUGGUGACAGCAGGUGGCUAUGUUGUCUCAUGCAUCCAGACACAAGCUCCACUCACACUGCCUUUGCCUUGCUUGCGUUUUGUUUUCCAGCAAAAUCGCAAGGAAUGCAAAUGCAAAACCCCCUCAUGAUAUACAUCCACUGAUGAACAGAUGCAAUUUUUCAUUCAUUAAAUGAAAAUGUUAUUUUAAGGUGGAUUAGGGUUGUCCCGAUACUAUUUGUUUGAGAACGAGUAUAUGUACCAAUACUUCCUUUUUGGUACUCCUUGAUACCAAGUCCGAUACCUGUUUUUGUUUUGUUUUAUUUUUUUCUGAAUUCCAUAUCAACAGAUUAUUUAAAUUUGAUCAUCAAAAUGGUGUUUAAAUAAAUUAAUUCAUUAAAACUUUAUUCAAAGGAAAAUAUAACAAUACAUUAUUGAACAAAAUAUUGUAUUAUUUUUAUCAAAUUAAGUGCUUUUAUACAGAACAUCACAGCACAAUCCAAAACACAACUUUGUAGUUAUUUUUGUCAAAUAAAGUGCUGCAGAACAGAGUACCACAGAUGUGAGGUAAUGCUUAAAUGUUAUACAAUUACUAUUUAUUUAUUAGUAGUAGUAGUAGUAUUACAGUGAAUAUUACAUAACUAUACAGUAGUGAUAUAUUUCUGUCGUAGUUUUUUUUUUUUGUUUUUUUAUUUAAAUUGAGCUUUUAUUUUGAAGAGUUUCUGUGUUAUGACCGUCUAUCUGGAAAAGCCGGACGCUACGUGACUCAAAGUGAUUAUUAAACCACAAAAGGCUGCUAUUUAAUUAAAUAAAUAUGUAAUCUGUAUGUGUCUUGAGCUACAAAGUGAAUUAGCGCUCUGUUCGCUGUCAUCUGCUACAAACAGAGCGUGCAAUGCUUAUGAUGAUGUUUUCCAUGCAUGAGCCAAGGAGCUCUAAAAGGUGUGAGCAUGUUGUGUUUUAAUGUCAGCACAACACCGGCUCCACACAUUCACAAGCACUCACAUUUGAAGUGCGCAGCAUGUGCAAACUAUAUAUUUAUCUAAUUUAAAUUGCAUCUUUUGCGGCUAAAUAAUCUCACGAGGACAAAGAGAUUUUACUUUGUGUGCUGAAAGUUUACAGAAUGAUAUUUGUACGUCAGAUGGUAUCGGUUUUUGGUAUCGGAGCAUUUUGAUGAGCACAAGUACAAGUACAUGUAUUGGGAUAUCAAAACAGUAAAAGAUAAUUUUACAUUAUCUGCACAUAACCAAAUUAAUAUUCAUGAGUUUUGCCACUUGUGGUUAUUUACAACAAAGUGACGCCCAUGGAUUUAGUAACUAUUAACUUUCAUUGCAUCUUUUUUUCCAUACAAUCUAAAAGAUGACUGAGGCUAACAAUUAGAUGCCUAGCAUCUCCUUUUGUGUUCUGUGAAAGAAACUGGAACAACAUUAGGGUAAAUAAAUAUGUUUUUGUUUGUGUUUGAACUAUCCCUUUAAGAGAACCCUUUUUUUAUUCUAGAUCCAUGAAUAUAUAGGUAUUGUUUUUUUUAGGAAUGUUUUGAAUGGCAUGAGUUAUGUUAACAAUGUGUUCCAGAGAUUG